AUGGCGGUUUUACCACCUGAGAGGACGACGAUAGUACGACCAUUCACUAACACUGGAGUGGAUAUUGCUGCACCAUUUGAUAUACGAAUUUUAACUGGUCGAUCUUGUCGAAUAACUAAGGCAUAUGUGUGUAUUUUCGUUUGCUUCUCUACUAAAGCGGUUCAUCUAGUGACAACAUCGGAUUUGACAAGGGAUGCAUUUUUAGCAGCAUUUCAUCGGUUUAUUUCGCGUCGUGGUUGUCCAUCGACCAUGUUCUCAGAUAAUGGUACAAAUUUUUUUGGAGCCUCUAGGGAAAUUGAAAAGGAUUAUAGGACUUUUCUAAAGGAAUGUCAGGCUCGUAAGUGUUCUACAUUUGGUACUCAAUGUUUAUCAUGGCGAUUUAUUCCAGCGGCAGCUCCUCACAUGGGUGGUUUAUGGGAAGCUGCCGUGAAAAUUUUUAAACGUCAUUUUCGUUGGGAAGUACAGUCCGUAAAAUAUACAUUUGAAGAAUUAUGCACAAUACUGGCACGAAUUGAAGCCUGUUUAAAUUCCCGUCCUUAUUUAAUCGGCUGUCCCAUUUUAUCCCCACCUGAACUUUCUAUUUAUGAAUCUCCUAUUAGCUUAGUUAAUCGAUAUCGUAAAGUGAAAGCCUUUACUCACCAAUUCUAUCGCCGAUGGAAGGAAGAGUAUUUGUCUAAUUUGCACAACCGAUAUAAGUGGAAAUCGCCGGAUCGUGAUAUUUCGAUAAAUGAUCUGGUCGUUAUACACCAAGAGCAAAUGUUACCUACGUCUUGA